CCAGCAGUUCCAUCGAUUCCAGAAAUUCAGAACAUGCUCGUUGAAAUGGAAGACAAGCCGGCCAGCUUCCGAAACUCCAGACAGUGGAUCGGAAGCGUUGAGCAAGAGCAGCAGCUCGCGGCAGGCCCAGGCAAAGGCGGUCGUCGUAUCGCCCCCCUGUUGCUGCGGACGGUGGGCCUUCAAUGGAAGUGCCCUAGCUUGGAGGCACCUUGAGAUGGCCACUCAGAAACCCGUCGAAUGGGUGUCGUCGCUUAUCAUCCGUUUCGAGGAACAGCUGCCAUGCCGGACAGGGCCUCUCACCACGCAUUCCAGGGUGAAUAUGGACCAGAACAAGCGGUGCCUCAUCGAGAUCAGCAGGCACCGGUUCUCUCUAGUCAUUUCUGGGCUGACCAAAAUUUUGCAGAGGGUCAAUGAAUUGUGUUUGAUUAGUGGUCCUCGUCCCCACGGGCCAGACUAUGAGCGCAAUUUAAACGAAAGCUUACUCAUUGUAUUGGACACCCUAGAGCAGUGUCUGAGCGGACAACCUAAAGACACAGCCAGAUUUGACGAAAACAUGAAUGUUAAACUGCUGCUAAGAGAAAUUUGCCAAUUCAUUGGCAAUGAUCCCAUCCACGAGGCUGCGAAUUGCGUGAACGUGAAGAAUUUAGCCUCCAAGGUUCUAUUUGCUCUAAGCUUGAACUUUUUCAAUGCUGUUUUCAAUAGAAUUUCAGCCAGGCUCCAAGAGCUGAGCGCAUGCAAUGAUGAAAAUCCAGAUUACAGUGACCUGGAGCUGAUUCAGCACAUCAAUGUUGAUGCAGUCAGAUUGGCAAAGCUUUUGAGUGAAACCAACGCCAAGUUUCGUCUGCUGAAAAAAUCAGCACACUUGGUGCUGAUUAACUCCUUAGAGAAAGCCAUCUGGAACUGGAUGGACACGUAUCCUCAGGAGUUUGCUGAGCUGCAGAAAAAUCCUAAUGAAGAUUUAUCAAAAAACUGCGAAGUUCUUUUUGACAUUCUCGACGGAUUCGCUGACAACAAGAAGGGUAGAGCGGCAGUGUGGCCCCUUCAAAUAGUCCUUCUUCUCCUGUCGCCGAAAGUGCUUGAGGAGAUAAUGAAUGCAGACAGCGGCGCUCCUUGUUCGCCACGCCACUCCAAAAAGAAGCAGUUCAUUGAUGUCGUCAAGAGGGCUGUGGGAUCUCAUGGCGCUUCCAAACAGCAAACUGAGGCCGCAGCAGUUACCUGCGUCAAACUGUGCAAAGCCUCCACAUACAUUAAUAAUAUAUUUGAUUCCAAUCACACUGCAUUUGUCUUAGUACAAAGCAUCAUAAAUGAUCUCAAAACCUUGCUCUUCAGUCCUCCUAAGCAGUUUUCUAGAGGACAGACUUUUAUGGCGCAUGAUAUUGAUCUCAUGAUUGACUGCUUUGUCUCUUGCUUUCGUAUUAAGCCCCACAAUAAUGAGGCACUCAAAGUUUGCCUGAAUCCGAAUUCCCCACCAACUUACCACCUGGUAUUGGUCAGCUCCUUAUUCAGGAUAAUCACUCAACCUCGACUUCCAUGGUGGCCCCAAAUCGAUUUAGUUUACAACAAAUCCUCAGAGCUUAGAAGCAUGUUUACGGACACAUUGAACAAAGUAACUCAAGGCUGCAUAUCAAGCACGCCGCUAAGAAUGAUUCAGUCUUUGGCUUUAAAAGGCCCUGGAAAUUCCAAGUUCAGAGAGAAGGGUGAAGAGGUGCCUAGCUAUAAAAACCUCCUGCUUUGGAUGGUGCGCCUCAUCCACGCUGACCCAAUGCUGAUGCUGAAUAACCAAGGAAAGGCUGGACAUGAGAUCCAAAGCUCGACUCUUGAGUUGAUCAACGGGCUCGUCUCUUUGGUGCACCAACCAACUAUGCCAGACGUGGCUCAGGAGGCCAUGGAAGCGCUGUUGGUACUCCACCAUCCUGAUAAAAUAGAAAUGUGGAACCCCGAGGCGCCUAUAAACACCUUCUGGGAUGUCAGCUCCCAAGUGUUGUUUUCCAUUUCACAGAAGUUGAUUCAGCAUCAAAUCAUGAACUACUCAGAUAUCCUCAAGUGGCUGCGCGAGAUUUUGGUCUGCAGAAAUGCAUUUUUAUUGCGGCACAAGGACUAUGCCCACGUCGGCAGUCACAUAGCCAUAUGCAAACAAGCUCAAAUUAAACUUGAGGUGGUGUUUUUCAUGUAUUUGUGGAGUAUCGACUUGGAGGCAGUGGUCGUUGCCAUGUCUUGCUUCGCUCUGCUUUGCGAGGAAGCUGACGUACGUUGUGGCACUGAUGAAGGAGCAGCUGCCACCACCCUUCUUCCUAACUACACGGUUUACCAGGAACUGGCUGCCGCGUCAACCCUUCUCACCACAGCCAGCUUGGACUCUUCACGUGUUUACUGCAGGGAACAAAGCAAUGGUCGAGCUGCGCUGCAGAAACAGAUCAUGGCUCUGCUGAGGAAAAUUGAGCACUGCGUCAAUGGAGUUCAACCUGCUUGGGAGGAGACUUUCCGGAAUUGGGAAGCAAGCACCCGUCUGCUCACCUCAUAUCCGAAGACAAAACUCGAUGAAAGUCAAGUGGAAGCUUUCCACCGAGCAAUGGGCAAACGCCGAGCAUCGCACCACAAUUCCGAGCAUGAGUUGGAGGAUCAAAUAAACGAAUGGGCCAACAUGACUGGAUUUUUGUGCGCUCUGGGUGGAGUAUGCUUGCAACGUAAGUCGUCCUCUCGACCAGCACUGAGCGCUAGCUCCUCGACAUCAUCAGUCUCAGGAAGUUCUGAAGGCAGAAAAGUCAGCGUCCUUCCUCCUGGUGGACAGGAUGUCCAAUACUGCCCUGUGACUCAAUUCGUUGGUCAACUCUUGCGUCUCCUGGUCUGCAGCAAUGAGAAAUUUGGGGCUCAAAUUCAAAAGCAUGUCAAAGAACUUGUUGGCCACGACAUGCACCCAGCACUAUAUCCUAUUCUUUUCGACCAGAUAAAAUCGAUCGUGGAAAAAUUCUUUGACUCUCAGGGACAGGUGGUUGAGUCUGAUGUUAACACUCAAUUUAUUGAGCAUACCAUAUUUAUCAUGAAAAACGUGUUGGAGAGCAAAACUGACCAGCCAUCCGAACACCUUGGUGCAACAUCGAUUGAGGGCAUGAUGUUGGCAAUCGUCCGCUACGUCAGACACCUUAACAUGACUGUCCAUGCCAUUCACAUCAAAACAAAAUUGUGCCAACUUGUGGAGGUCAUGAUGAAGAGGAGGGAUGAUUUGGCCUUCAGGCAGGAAAUGAAAUUCAGAAACAAACUGGUCGAGUACUUGACCGAUUGGGUCAUGGGCACUUCUCACCAAAUCCAGCCACCAUCGUCAGGAGAUGUCUCCAUAAUGACCAGGGAUCUGGAUCAAGCUUGCAUGGAGGCAGUUGCUGCUCUUCUCAGGGGCCUGCCUCUUCAGCCCGAGGAGUCUGAUCGCGGUGACCUGAUGGAAGCUAAGAGCCAGCUGUUUUUAAAAUAUUUUACGCUUUUUAUGAACCUAAUGAAUGACUGUAAUGAGGCACAAGAACUGGAGAAGGACAUGUCCAGGCAGAGGAUGUCUGCUGGCAAAUUGAACACCUUGAGAAACGUCACCAUCCAAGCUAUGUCCAAUUUGCUGUCGGCCAACAUUGACAGUGGCCUCAUGCAUUCCAUUGAUCUGGGAUACAACCGAGACUUGCAAACCAGAGCAGCAUUCAUGGAAGUGCUUACUAAAAUUUUGCAGCAGGGCACAGAAUUCGACACUCUUGCUGAAACAGUUCUCGCAGAUAGAUUUGAGCAAUUAGUUCAGCUGGUCACCAUGAUCAGUGACAAAGGAGAACUCCCAAUAGCAAUGGCACUGGCAAAUGUAGUGACAACCUCUCAAAUGGAUGAGUUAGCAAAAGUUCUGGUGACUUUAUUUGACGCCAAGCAUCUCCUCAGCCCACUCUUGUGGAACAUGUUCUACAGAGAAGUGGAAGUGUCUGACUGCAUGCAGACCCUUUUCAGGGGCAAUUCUCUUGGCAGUAAAAUAAUGGCCUUUUGCUUUAAAAUCUACGGCGCCUCAUACCUUCAAUGCCUACUUGAGCCACUUAUCCAGCCAUUGCUUGACGAACCAGGAACAUCCUUUGAAGUUGACCCUGCCAGACUCGAUCCAACUGAGGAUAUAGAGAAGAACCGGUACAACCUACGCACCCUCACUCAAAGAGUGUUUGACGCCAUUGUGUCAUCAGCAGACAAAUUUCCAUCACAGUUGCGGAGCAUGUGUCACUGUCUGUACCAAGUGCUGACAAAAAGAUUCCCACUUUUCCAGCAAAACAACAUUGGAGCUGUUGGGACUGUAAUUUUCCUUCGGUUUAUCAAUCCAGCAAUUGUUUCCCCACUUGAGAUGGGAAUUGUCAGUCGGCAACCUCCUGCUUCAGUAAAGAGAGGUCUAAUGUUGAUGUCAAAAAUAUUGCAGAAUAUUGCAAAUCACGUUGAAUUCAGUAAGGAACAACACAUGGUUCCAUUCAACGACUUCCUGAGGGCAAACUUUGAGAACGGGCGAAGAUUUUUCUUUCAAAUUGCCUCCGACUGCGAGACAGUUGAUCAAGCCAGCCACACCAUGUCCUUCAUCAGUGACGGCAAUGUUCUCGCCUUACAUCGUCUUCUGUGGUCCCAUCAGGAGCGGAUUGGAGACUACUUGUCCAGCAGCAGAGAUCAAAAAGCUGUAGGAAGGAGGCCCUUCGAUAAAAUGGCUACACUUUUGGCCUACCUUGGUCCACCUGAACAUAAGCCAGUCGAUUCUCAAAUUCCCUUGUCAAGAAGCCUACUCUUCCCAUCCUAUUCCCGCUGGAGCUCGAUGGACAUGUCCAGCAGCAGAUUUGAAGAAAUCAUGACAAAGCACAAUAUACUUGAGAAGGACGAGUUCAAAUCAAUCAAAUCACUUAAUAUUUUCUACCAAGCUGGCACCUCUAAACUAGGAAAUCCCGUAUUUUAUUAUAUUGCUAGAAGAUACAAAAUUGGGGAGACCAAUGGCGAUCUAUUAAUAUACCAUGUAAUUUUGACUUUGAAACAAUUUUGUCAUGCACCAUUUGAGCUUGUAGUUGACUUUACGCACACUUGCAGUGAUAAUCGAUUCCGGACUGAGUAUUUGCAAAAGUGGUUCACAGUUUUGCCAGAGGUUGCUUAUGAAAACUUGCAUGCAGCAUAUAUUUACAACUGCAACUCUUGGGUUCGAGAAUACACCAAAUAUCAUGAUCGAAUAUUUGCACCUUUAAAGGGAAACAGAAAACUGAUAUUUAUUGAAGCGCCUGGUCGGCUAAAUGACUACAUUGAGCCAGAGCAGCAAAAGUUACCAGGCGCUACACUCUCACUUGAUGAGGAUCUCAAAGUCUUCAAUAAUGCAUUGAAACUAUCACAUAAAGACACCAAGGUUGCAGUCAAGGUUGGACCAACUGCAAUUCAAAUUACGUGUGCUGAAAAAACUAAAGUUUUGGCUCACUCCAUUCUUUUGAAUGAUGUAUACUACGCUUCGGAAAUUGAGGAGGUUUGCUUAGUGGAUGACAAUCAGUUCACUCUGACAAUAGCAAACGAGUCUGGUCCGCUGUCUUUCAUCCACAACGAUUGUGACACCAUUGUUCAGUCUGUCAUCCACAUUAGAAACCGCUGGGAACUGUCACAACCCGAAACUGUGUCAGUGCACCAAAAGAUCAGACCAAAAGACGUUCCUGGCACCCUUUUGAAUAUGGCCUUGCUGAACCUGGGUUCUUCUGACCCAAACCUUCGUACUGCUGCUUACAAUCAGUUGUGCGCCCUCACUGCUACGUUUGAUUUGAAGAUUGAAGGGCAGCUUUUGGAAACCUCAGGACUGUGUAUACCAAGCAACAACACCAUUUUCAUUAAAUCGGUCAGCGAAAAGUUGGCCUACAACGAACCACACUUGACUCUGGAAUUUCUGGAGGAAUGCAUUCAGGGCUUCCGUGGCUCUACAAUUGAACUGAAGCAUUUGUGUUUAGAGUAUAUGACACCAUGGCUUGCUAAUCUAGUCAGAUUUUGCAAACACCCUGAUGAGACUAAGAGGACCAAAGUGGCCAUUAUUCUGGACAAACUGAUUACUUUAACCAUUGAAGAGGUAGAAAUGUAUCCUUCAAUCCAAGCAAAGAUCUGGGGGAGUAUAGGACAAGUUCCUGAGCUUAUUGACAUGGUCCUGGACAGUUUCAUCAAACGCUCAGUGACUGCUGGUCUUGGCUCCUUCAAAGCUGAGGUCAUGGCAGACACAGCCGUGGCCCUAGCCUCUGCGAAUGUCCAGUUGGUGGCCAAGAAGGUCAUUGGCAGGCUCUGCAGGGUUCUGGACCGCACUUGCACAUCGCCAACCCCCCUGUUGGAGCAGCACGUCAACUGGGACGACAUUGCAAUCCUGGCCCGCUACUUGCUCAUGUUGUCGUUUAACAACUGCUUGGACGUGGCCAGACACUUACCGUACUUAUUCCACAUCGUAAGCUUCCUUGUUUGCUGUGGUUCACUGAGCAUGCGAGCUUCGUGCCAUGGCCUUGUCAUCAACAUCAUCCAUUCCCUUUGUACCUGUACCACUCCAAGCUUCUCAGAGGACACACUGAGGGUCCUGAGGCUGUCGCUCGAUGAAUUUUCUCUUCCAAAGUUCUACUUACUUUUUGGCAUAAGCAAAGUGAAAUCGGCAGCAGUAACUGCUUUUCGCUCCAGCUACCGGCACACAAGUGACAAAUUGUUUGGCAGCGAGAGGAGCUUUUCAGGCUCUAAAGCAGACAGGGAGCGGCUCUCACUAACCUCUCUGGAGGUUAUAGUCGACGCUUUGCUUGAAAUAAUGGAAGCGUGCAUGCGAGACAUUCCUGAAUGCGACUGGCUGCAAACGUGGACGGUUCUCUCAAAGAAUUUCGCCUACUGCUACAACCCUGCACUGCAGCCACGAGCACUCAUUGUCUUUGGUUGCAUAAGCAAGGGCGCGUCUGACAUCGACGUGAAGCAGCUCCUUCGCAUUUUGGUCAAAGCGCUGGAAAGCUUCAACGAUAUGGUCUUACUUGAGGCGCUGAUUAUGUGUCUGACUAGGCUGCAGCCACUCCUUAGACAGGACUCUCCAAUCCACAGGGCUCUCUUUUGGGUAGCUGUGUCCGUUCUUCAGCUGGACGAACAGUCCCUUUACGCCUCAGGAUUAGCACUUCUGGAGCAGAAUUUGCACACUCUUGAUUCGCAGGGUAUUUUUGAGACGAAGUCUCUUGAAUCAAUUAUGAUGGCAACCAGGGAGCCACUAGAGUGGCAUUUCAAACAAUUAGAUCAUGCAGUUGGUCUCAGCUUCAGAUGUAAGACUGACUUCUAUCCUUUUUCCUAUUAUCCUGAUCCUAAUUUCGGAGCAGCCUAUUUCCACUUUGCACUUGUUGGGCAUCUCCUCAAAGGGUUCCGACACCCUUCUCCAACUACUGUGUCAAGAACUACAAGAGUUUUGACCAUGCUCUUAGCAAUAGUGGCAAAACCAGCAAAAAGGGAUAAAUUUGAAGUCACUCCAGAGAGUGUUGCUUACUUAGCUGCUCUUGUGUCCGUGUCUGAUGAAGUACGCAGUCGUUGUCACGUAAGACACUCUGUUGCCAGAGUCAUGCAAGCUGAGCAAGCAGGCAAUGGAGGUGGACUUGCUGAUUUGGCUCAAAUCAUGCCCCAACAGCCGCAGUCAUUACAAACAAGGCGUCAAAAGUCCUGGGAGCUGCUGGACCAGAGUACCCUUGGGUCUGUGGUUGCAGCACGACCGCCACCCCAGCAACAGGCUCGGAGUGCUCGCGUUUCUGUCUCUAAUGAAAACAACGUUCUGCUGGACCCAGAGGUCCUCGACGACUUCCCAACCCAAGCCCUGGUGCUGACGGUUCUGGCCACCCUUACCAAAUACUCAACUGAAGACGCUGAGACCAGAAUUCUCUACGAAUAUUUAGCUGAGGCUUCCAUUGUCUUUCCAAAAGUUUUUGGCGUAAUUCACAGCUUACUUGACGCCAACAUCCAAAAGGUGCUGACUCUAUGCCACGACCAAGAGAUUCUUGGCGCGGUGCAGGCCAUCAUCCAGAACAUGAUAGCUUGCGAGGACGCAAGUCAACAGCAGCUCCACUAUCUGCAGUCUUGCGGCUUUGGCGGUCUCUGGCGUUUUGCUGGCCCAUUCAAGUGCGCCAGCUGCGCCGAGCAUGCCCAGCUGUUUGUCAACUGCCUUGAAGCGAUGGUUGAGACGUGUCUGCACGUCGAGGAGGAUGGCAGCGAGAUCACGCAGUACCCUUCCAUGCUGAGUGUCAGCUCCAACAUGAACCUGUCAUCCUCCAUGUCCAGCCUCACACUCGGAUCUCCUACAGAAAAAGACUACGUUGACGGAUUUGGCGCGUGCUGCUCAAAUGACUCGCGUUCGCUGCUGCACCAAUCUCCAGUUCUCUGCUCCAACUCUUCCUCAGGGCCCUCUCCACUGGUGGCAAAGCAGCGCAGUUUGAAGAGCCACAAGCCGAUGGGUCCGCACUCACCACCAAAUAAAUAGGAUACUGUCGCAUUUUCUUACACUCUUCGGUUUCUCAGGUUUCUCAGGCAUUUUAACUGCUGCAUUUAUUUUAUGCCAAAGUCAUUUUAAAUCUGUGAUUUUUAAUAUUUGGUUAGUAAAAAUCUGUAAACUGGGGUAACACAGGCUCAGGGUCCCCAGUUUGUUGAUUUUUUUUUAGAUUUUAUUAUUGCUUGCUGUCUAAAAUCUACUGUUUUCUCUACUUCGUGUACAUUCUAUGUAACCAGUUUGUUGAAUUUUUAAGAUUUUAUUAUUACCUGUUGUCUAAAAUCUACUGUUUUCUCUACUUCAUGUACAUUCGAUGUAAACGCCUGUGUCAAAUGUCAUUUGAUUUAUACGCUCUCCACAUGUAUUCUGUCCAUGAAGUUGGCACAGGUGUCAUAAUUCUAUGCUGAAUGUUCUAUCGAAAAAUUGGACAUUAAUUUUGACUUCCACUGGCUAUAUUUUGAUUUCAAAGAGAGGUCUCCGUAAAUAUUAGGGGAUUUUGAUAUUAAUAGAUGUUUUCAAAUGACAAAACAACGCUUCAAUGAACACACCAACCAAGAACGAUGCAUAUUUUACAGUUCUCGUGCAAAUUCAAUCAGGGGAGUCAAAAUAACGUCACAAUUUUGGGAGACACCUUAGAAGUCUAAAAAAAUUGUCACACCAAUCAGGAACAUUGGUUGUAUUUUUGAUCGACUUUUCUCAUUGUCAUAUUGCAAUUAGAAAAAAAUAAAAUACUAUUGAGCUCA